CCACCAUCAGCCUCUCUCUCUGUGGCUCUCACUCACUUUCUGGCUCUCACUCACUCUCUGGCUCUCACUCUCUCUCUCUCUGUGGCUCUCACUCGCUCUCUCUGGCUCUCUCUCUCUCUACUCACCACUCAGCCUCUCACUCUCUGGCUCUCACUCACUCUCUGGCUCUCACUCUCUCUGGCUCUCACUCACUCUCUGGCUCUCACUCACUCUCUGGCUCUCACGCUCUCUACUCACCACUCAGCCUCUCACUCUCUGGCUCUCACUCACUCUCUGGCUCUCACUCUCUCUGGCUCUCACUCACUCUCUGGCUCUCACUCACUCUCUGGCUCUCACGCUCUCUACUCACCACUCAGCCUCUCACUCUCUGGCUCUCACUCACUCUCUGGCUCUCACUCUCUCUGGCUCUCACUCACUCUCUGGCUCUCACUCACUCUCUGGCUCUCACGCUCUCUACUCACCACUCAGCCUCUCACUCUCUGGCUCUCACUCACUCUCUGUCUCUCUACUCUCUCUCUUUUUUUUACGAUCAGUGGAAACAAGAAGAUGCUCGGUGUAGUCGGCACUUUGCUUCGUUCAUCAUUUCGUAAUUUUUUUUUUAAACUUUGCUUUAUAUAAACCCCCACCUCUCGCUCACUCUCUCGCUCUCUAUCUGGCUCUCAAUCUCUCUCUCUACUCACCAGGGGAUCUAAUACAGCCGUCUUACAGCUACUACACUCGUCUCACUGCUCAUCUGUCUCACUACUCAUCUGUGUCUGUCUCUCUCUCUCUCUCUCUGUCUCUCACUCUCUCUCUGGCUCUCACUCACUCUCUCUCUACUCACCACUCAGCCUCUCACUCUCUGUGGCUCUCUCUACUCACCAGGGGAUCUAAUACAGCCGUCUUACAGCUACUACACUCGUCUCACUACUCAUCUGUGUCUGUCUCUGCAUCUGUGUCUGUUUGUCUGUCUCUCUGCAUCUGUCUGUCUCUGUGAAUCUGUCUGUCUCUGUGAAUCUGUCUGUCUCUGCAUCUGUGUCUGUUUGUCUGUCUCUCUGCAUCUGUGUCAAUCUCUCUGCAUCUGUGUCUGUCUCUGUGAAUCUGUCUGUCUCUGCAUCUGUGUCUGUUUGUCUGUCUCUCUGCAUCUGUGUCAAUCUCUCUGCAUCUGUGUCUGUCUCUGUGAAUCUGUCUGUCUCUAACUCUCUGCAUCUGUGUUUGCGUCUGUCUGUCUGUCUCUGUGUCAAUCUCUCUGCAUCUGUCUCUGUGUCUGUCUGUACAUCUCUGCAUCUGUAUCAAUAUAUCUGCAUCUGUAUCUGUGUCUGUCUCUGUGCAUCUGUCUCUGUGUCAAUCUCUCUGCAUCUGUAUCUGUGUCUGUCUGUCUCUCUGCAUCUGUGUCUGUGAAUCUGUGUCAAUCUCUCUGUCUCUGUGUCAAUCUCUCCGCAUCUGUAUCUGUGUCUGUCUCUCUGUAUCUGUCUCUGUCUCUGCCUCUCUGUAUCUGUGUCUGUCUGUCUCUGUGUCUAUCUCUCUGUGUCUGUGUCUGUCUCUCUGCAUCUGUAUCUGUGUCUGUGAAUCUGUGUCAAUCUCUCUGUCUCUGUGUCAAUCUCUCUGCAUCUGUAUCUGUGUCUGUCUCUCUGCAUCUGCAUCUGUGUCUGUCUAUCUCUCUGCAUCUGCAUCUGUGUGUGUCUCUCUCUCUCUGCGUCUGUAUCUGUCUCCGCGCACAUGCAUCUGCGUUUAAACAUCCCCGCGUCUCCCCACGUCCGAGCGUCUCUCCACGUCCGAGCAUCUCUCCACCGUGGCCUCUCGCCUCUCUGUCCGGUGCGUCGCGGGUCGGGCCUCGAGAUCCGUGGAGCCGACAGCGAUUGAGGAGACCCCCGAAGCCUCCCGCCUCCAGCCCAAGGGUCACGAGCCAGGGGAUGGAGUCCACCAGGUCGCGUCCACCUUCCAGCCAGUUGGUGUACGUGCACGUGUGGCUCCUGCCGCAGCCGCUGUGGAAGGAGGAGACGAACACGGCGCUGGCACAAGACACCACGCGAGCCGUGUCCGUGGGAUUCGUGCGGACUUUGCCGGACUGGCCUCUGCUGGUGGUCCGCAGGCAGGUGGAGCGCGAACUGGACCGGGACGUGACUCAACAAUUCAUCUUUCUCAAGGGCAUGGGACCGCAUCUCGUUCAUGUGAAUGUGAAACAGGAGCAACACGUGAAGGUGAAAUCCAUCUUUUAUUCCCUGGUCCCGGACGAGUCCCCGCCGCGCCCAGAGGUCAUCUUCAUCCUCCCCGGCUCUGCCCUGCGCUCGCCGAGCCGCCCGCUCUCCCUCCCGUGGGGCAGCCGCCAGACGGGGCGGUGGGACGUGUCCACGCCCCCGAGCCGGGAGCCGGACAACCUCGUCGUCGGCGUCGUCGGUGGCGGUGCUGGAGCUGCCGUCCCGAACAAUCGUACGCCUCCUCCUCCUCCUCCCCUAACGCCGCCAUCGCCAGCAAUGCCGCCGCCGCCGCCACUUCUGACCCCGAGGUUGGAACUCCCAGCGCCGUCCCGCCACCAGGAGGCUGCCCGAGGGGGCGGCGAGACGGCCGCCGGGAACGGGGCCGCCGGGAGAACGGCCGCCGGACGGCGGGGGGGCGGCGGCAACUUGGCCGCUGCCGUGGGAGUGGGGGUUCCCACGACGCCGGCAACGAGCGCGACGCUGGACUCCGGGAUCGGCGGCGGUGGUGGCGGUGGCCUGGCGUUGUCGGUGUCGUCGCGGUCGGGUGACGCCCAGAUGUUCGGCAAGCGGGCGGUGGAAGACGCCGUGACCUUUGCCCCAACCACUGCCGCCCCUGCCGUCCCCACCGCCGCCGCCAGUCAUCGCGUUAGGGGAAGGAUAAGCGGCGACGAGGACUCGGACUCGGACGAUGUCACCUCGUCCGACAGCAUGGUGCUGCCACCGCCCCCCGCGCUGAGAAUCACCAUCGCAGCUCCCGCCGCCACCGCCGAACCGCCACCGUCCGUGACCCCGCGGCGACCCGAGGUCACCGCCCCGGCAGGGACGAGGGCGAAGGUCGCGACCCCUCCGCCACCGAGGAGAGCGAACGGUGGCGGCGGUGGUGGCGAGGAAUCGGCUCCGGAUGACGGUUUCCCCGUCGCGCCUCCUCCGCCGCCUCCUCCUCCUGCAUUUGUGGCGGGCGGCGGGCGAGACGCUGGGGAGAACGGAGGGAAGGACGCGGGGCGGUACAGCAACAAGGACGGCGGGAAGGACGGAGGGGCUCAGGGAGGGGGCGGCCGUCAUGCGGAUUUUACCCACGGGGCCGAGCGGCGGGGCCUUGCCGGCGAGCACGGAGCCGCGGGAGAGGAGACCGACGAGGGUCGCGUGCGCCAGCCGGCGACGGAGCCGGAGCCGGAGCUGGCGGCGAAGGAGCUGUCGGAGCUGCAGGACGAGCGCAGGGAGAUGGAGCGCCACCGCCGGGAGCUCGUGGCGCGGAUCAAAGAGACGCGCGCCGCCAUGCACGCGCGACGCGCCGAAGCGCGCGAGGCGUGGAAGCGCCGCUACCUGCUUGAGAAGAGAGCGACCCCGGCGCUGGAGGAAGAGCUGCGUCCCGUGCGGGAGGAGCUGGACGCACUGCUGUCCCGCAACGCGCACCUCACCGCCACCGCCACCACCACCACCACCACGCUCAAGGACACGCUCCUCGCGCGACUGCAGGGCGCUCAGCGGCGCGUGGAGAAGCUCGUCGUAGACAUCGAGAGCGGCGCGGCGAAACUGCGCUCCGAGCAAAAGCUGCGUAAGGAUGCCCAGCAGGAGCUGAAGGCGGCACGGGCGCAGCUGGCGCAGCGGAGGGCGCUGGCUUCCGUCGCGAGGAAACCCGGAGUCGCGUACGGGCUCUAGCGCGCUCGCCGCACGAACGUGGAAUGACCACCGAGACCGUCCACUGUCGACAAAGAUUUGUGACCCCCCUUUGCCCCCACGUACUCGUCGGAGUGCGGAGGACACCCUUUGAGAGUUAAUUCUAGAUUUUGAAGCUUUCGUGACUGCAAGGGUUCAUAUUCUUAGGUUUUUCCGGUAAAGUCACGUAGGUAAAAAAAAUUCUAAUUAAUUAAAGUAAAAUUAAAAUAAAAUCGUGCUGUGACGGUUCCACCUGAAGACGGAGGCUUGUGUUGCCUCCGAAACGUCGUGAUUUUUUACAUUUAUUAUAUUUAAUUUUUUUUACCUACGUGACUUUACCGAAAAAACCUAAGAAUACGAACCCUUGGGAGUUCCUUUGCUUAUCUCUGCGUUAUUUUCUCCUCCGAAAGCACGGCGCGCACGGCAUCGAUAAUUACCGGCAUUUGAUAUUUUGAUCCGCCUAUCUACGCCGCGUGUUUCAAUAAAGUGGUGGUGCUAUUUGUGCGCCAUUAAAAAAAAAACCCGCUCGGGUCUGACCUGCCAAGGAGAUGUUGUAUCUCAGUGGCACGGAGGAGGCGGGGUGGGGGGGUAUGGGAUACUGAUCUGCGGCCUGUGGGCCAGACGCGCCCCCUGAACACCACCAAGCUUGGCAGCGUAUAUUUAAGCUGGGUUAGAGGAGGAAGGGCGCCUUGACGAAGGAAUUUGCAUAUCAACAGAGGAAUUUAGCACAUUCAGACGCUGUCUUUCCGACAGACCUGUUCUCCACCUGAGGACGGCUGCUUGCGUUGUGGCCGAAACGUCGUGAGAAUUGUAUUUUAUUAUGUUUUAUAUUAUUUUAUUAUUUCCCUUUUACGUAACUUUACCGAAAGAACUAAGAAGAUUAAUUUUAUUUCAUUAUGUUUAAUUUUUAUUAUUUUAUUAUUUCCCUUCUACGUGACUUUACCGAAAGAACCAAGAAGACAGAGUGAGUUAAAUGAAAGCGUGUCAUAAUAUUAGACGAGUUCGGAGGCGAUGAGUGGAUACUCCGUGCUGCGUUCUGCCCUCCCCUUGAGGAUCGAGUGAUUCCACCACCGAGGGACACCAGCUUAUGGCUGCAGAGUUUGGUGGUACAUGUUGUUUAUGUCGUUUAUUGUGAAAAUUCGGUCACAGUUCCUAUGACCUGCACUGUUUCAUUGCUUUCAUGGCUUUAUUUUGGUGAUUUUAGAAACGUUUUUUGGUUUGGCCAUGUUUGUUUGUUGUAGUACAGAGUUAGACUGAUGGCCUUAAUCUAAGUUGUCUUGUGGUUGUUGUUGUUGUUGUUUGACUUGCAUCCCACUGGGAUAUUUGCACAGGGUUGGUGUACGGUUAUUUUUUCAGCAAUAUUUUGCUGUCUUUUCUUGGAUUUUCUGUUUGCACUUAGUCACUUUAAGAUGUUUUCUUGUUCAUGUUUUUUUGUUUGUUGCGGUUGCACCCGAUUCAAGAGCCGAAUGGCUCACAGGGCUGUACCUAAUAAAUUAACUUUG